AUGGGAGCUUCAGGAAAUUGCCUGGAGAAGGAAGAGCUUCUGACAGAUUUCCCUGAGGGCAUGUUGGGAUCUGGGUACGAUGAAUUGAAGCCGGGAGCAGUUCCUAAUAUGGAGGAAUCAAGGUAUGAGCUUACUUCGUAUGUGAACUAAUG